UGCCCAUACAUAGCAGUCUACAGGAGAUACAAGCCUCACUUUCUGAUGAUCCUGGUACAGAUUAGUUAUGCUCUUUUUUAUGUCAUCAUAAAAGCCUCCUUCGAUCACGGGAUGAAUCCUCAUGUCUUCUUAACGUAUCGUUAUGUGGUAGGAGGCUUGGUGACGUUUCCUUUUGCCUAUUUUCUCGAAAGAAAAGUAAGGCCAAAGAUGACAUUCACAUUGUUUUUGGAGAUAUUUUUGCUAUCUCUCCUCGGGUGUAGUUUAACCUUUAACAUGUACUUUGCAAGCUUGAGAUACACCUCUCCAACAUUUGUCACAUCAAUGAUCAGUACAGUGCCAUCUUUGACUUUUACAAUGGCCAUCAUACUUAGGUUAGAGGCCUAAGACAUCAGGAGUCCUCGUGGAAUAACCAAAGUAAUUGGGACCUUAAUAACUUUGGCUGGGGUCUUGACCAUGUUUUUGUACAGAGGAAGUGCAAUAAAAAGCUUGUCAGCCGCUCUAAUUCACACCAGAAAUCCUACUGUCCAUGAAAACUGGACAAAAGGGUCAAUUCUUGUUGUUGCAAGUUGCUUCUCAUGGUCCUGCUGGUAUAUAAUGCAGGUUUUCACACUGAAGAAAUAUCCUGCCCAAUUAUCGCUAACCACAUGGAUGAAUUGGAUUGCAGCAGUGCAAUCAGCUGCCUUCACAGUUAUCUUACAACACAAACGGGAAGAGUGGAUUAUUACGUACCAGAACGACUUAUGGUCCAUCUUAUAUGCCGGAGUUGUAUGCUCAGGUUUAACCAUCUUCAUUCAGCUAUGGUGCACAAAACAGAAAGGGCCAGUUUUCGUGACCAUCUUCAAUCCCCUGUCUACAUUGUUUGUGGUGAUUUUGGCAUACUUUUUUCUUGGUGAAAUACUGCAUGUUGGCAGAAUACUAGGAGCAGUCAUUAUUAUCAUUGGCCUGUACUUGGUGUUGUGGGGCAAAAGUAAAGAUGAAGGUCAUGUCAAAGAUCAAGAACACAAGGAAACCAAGAUAGAAAUGGAGUCUUCAGAAGAAAGGCCAGAGAUCAUUUGAAGAAGGUACUUUUAGAAGAGAAGAUUGAACUGAUGCUUCAAGAAAAUGCAUCUAAUGUAGUACACCAACGAAAGAGACAUGUCCUCCAUGAUGUAAAAAUCUGAACAUGUGGACGCUGGAAUCAAUUAGUUGACCACGUAUUAAGCUCUUUGACAGUACCUAGAACUGAAAUUUUGUUUAUAAUUUUAGUCCAAAAAUUAUCCAAAGGAAUGGUACUUUAUCCUUCAUAGAAUCUUAAUUCAUAUUACAAUUUCUUUUCUUUUUCUCUUCUUUCAACUAA